UGCAGCUCUACAUCUUAUCAAACUGUAAUGAUACAACAAUAUAGUGUUAAUUUUUUACAGUCCAAUUGUUGUUAAAAUAUGUCUGUGUACACUAUUAUAUAUUUGUAUACAUUAUAAUGUACGAUUAAAUGUUUCUUAUCAGUGUCUAUUGAAAUCACCAGACACCGUAAUUCUAUUAAAGUGUUCAGUGUUAUAAUCGGUGAUACUAUGGUAUAUUAUAUCAUAUAAUAGUUCCGCUGUUUUUGUUAUCAACUAUAAUGACAGCUGAACGAGCAAAAUCAAAAAUUGGUCGUUGGGUCGAUGAAACUAUGAAAGGAAAAUUCGAUAACUUUGUUGGUUCGCGAAAGAAAUCAUCAAGCUCCAACACUGCUACAAAAAUAAACAAUGAUAUACCUAUAGUGCCGGAUGCUGAUGAAAAUAUUGACGCGGACUUGUUAUAUUCCGUAAAACCCGCCGAGCUGCAUUCGAGAACGACGGAAUCCACUUAUGAAGAGGAAACGACAAGACCUCCGAUUAAUUUGGCCGACAUCGAUCUUGGACUAUUAUUCAGCAACAUGACGCGGAAACAUCACUUGGAAGACGUGGACGCGGAUGAACGAGACGUAGGGAGAAUGAUACAGCGGCACCUCAAGCUGUUGAACAUUGGGACUGUGGGUGAAGACGAACAUUGACAUUCGACAUAAUUAUCUUGUACCUUAAUGGCUUUAUGUAUACACAAUAUAUAUUUAAUAUAAAUAUAAGUUUAAAUUUUAAACCUGA